AUUGGUGUACACGCAAAUGAACUCGACAGGAAAGUGUUUGGCGCAAAAUUUGCAGUACACAGAUGUUUUUAUUGACUUUUUGAAAGCGCUAAACUAUGCAAAACGGAAAGACAAGUAUAUCCGAGUGUUUGGACAAACUGUCUAGUGGAAGCCAGGACCUAUCAAACCGAUGUAUUAUUGUGACACAGGCGGAAAUAUCUGUGGAUGCCAUCAAAAACAGUAUAGCACUAGAGAAAGGAGAUGGUACAACACCAAAUGGCAACACAGUAAAUUGUUCAGGAGACCAAGAUGUAGUAGAGGUGUCUCACUCCAUAUUUAACCCAACAUCCGAGAGCAAAAUGUCUAAGGCCCUUAGCUUAAGGCAGAGACCUGUUAAAUACACAAACAUCUGGAAUAAACUGACCGACAAAAGGCAGAAAACUAAACCACAGCUUAACACAGUGAAUGGGUUCACGCCUUCUGAUGGGGAACCAAAACCCAUCCGACCAAGACAUUUUGAUAAAAGUGAUUCUAGUGCAAGUGGUAAUGUUUCGGCCACCUCAAAAGCCAUUGUCACCACACCGCUGCUAUCUAGUAUUGUUCUAGCCAACGAUCCAUUCACUUUCGUCCCAGGCCAGAUGUGUACACCUCAAGUAGCGUUCACCGCUCCCGCUGUGCUCCCUUCUGAAAAAAUCCUGCCUCCAGUACCGGAGAAUAAUGAUGGAUUUGAAUCCUCUGAGAACCUGAAGGUCGAUUCUGAUUCAGAAACCAGUGCUGCAGAAGAACUAGUAGAAGAAGUGGACAAUCCUGUAAUAUCAUAUAAUGAUCCUGAUGGAAAAGAAUCCACAUUUGAUGAUGGCAAUUGUAGGGAAACAGUGAUAAACAGUGCUAGAAAUGGCAGUUCUUUGGAUGCGGAUGCCAUGUCAAGUCCUGAUAAUGCUGGGAAGAAGAGACAAAGAAAAGAAACAAAGUGGAGUCGUGUGAAAAGGCAGUAUGAUGAUACAAAAGUUGAUGCAGAUGGUUUUUCCACGCCUACAAGUCUUGAUGGUGAGAACGUUGCUGGAGAAUUGUGUUCAAAAUCUGUAUCCAGAAUGUCCGAAUCAAUGAGUGUCGUUGUUGUUUUGAAACCUUCUCCAGCUAAAUCUAGGAAAAAACAAGUGAUCGAGUCCAACGAGGCCAGUCUGGAAACUUGUCCUGAAAAUCCUUUGAUAUCUGUUUCUGAAUCCUUGAAUGUGCCUGACCAAACAACCCCAACGAUGGAUGUUGUAUCUGCUGCUUCAGUUACGAAACCUGAAGCUUCCAUAUCACAUACGUUGGUUUCUCAAGAGAGUGAAGACACAAAGUGCAAUGGGUCUUUUACAGACUUGCCUGCUUCAACCGAGUCCGCGAAACAUAUAGAUGAGGAAGCACCUGCAAACAGUGUUUCUAAUUUGCCUAGUGAGGAGGACUCCGAUUUGAAGACUGAAGAUACCUCAUCAUUACAUCAACAACCUGUUGAAAAAAAAAAAAAUCCUAAAAAGAAUUCCAUUGAGGCAAGAGCCAUACGUCAUCAGAAGCAGGUUAUUGCUUUGCAGAAAGCCAGAGAUGCAAGGUGGCAGAAACGGUGCCUGAAGGCAAAACAAGAACUGAUAGGUAAGACAUCGUUAGAUGACGAGGUUGAAUGAAGCAGGUGUUCUUUCAACUACAGCAUCACCGCUGAAACGGUACUGCACGAGAAACACUGAUUUGGCUUUUGACACUUUGUCAUUUCCCAGCCAGACUAAACCGUCGACCCUGGCAGAUCGGCCGGAACAAGCUCGGCGGACUAC